GGGCAUGCGUUCGCAGGCUACACGGCGCGUCAGUAAGACACUGCGCAUGCGCUUGCCGUUUACGCAGACGCUGUCUCGAGAGCAGUUGAGACGAGCACACAAAACGAACGAAUGAACUCCUUUCCAGAGAGUGACUUAAGUGUCAGUGACGCGAUGGCCUAUUAACAAGGGCCACGACAGUUUGGUUGAGUUUCUUCUUGUCCUCUUAUAACUCCGUUUGUAUUGUUCACGCGAGGGAAUGCUAGCUAAAUGCUAACGUUGUUGCAGUGUGGAGACGAGGCGGUGCAAGUAUAUCCAGGAUCUAAUUAGGCACUAGAGUAACUUCCUCCUCAACCGCAGGGUGAGCGCAACCCCCCCUCCACACACACACACGCACACACACACACACACUGCAAGGAGAAAGUGGACAAGGAGGGCAUCAGCAAGUUUCUAGUAAUUAAUGUCUCCGUGGAGAGUAAGGAAGCUAAAAGACAAAUCACCUAAGUUGCGACACUGAGGAGGACCACCACGAGUCAGCCUCGAAGCGAAUAUACCAGACGGCGAUGACAUGGAAGAAUCUAUGAGGAGCAACUCAAAAUGUGAAGACGUCCAGCAGCCGGGUGGUUGUGGGGAAGAAUUUCCCCCUCGGUCGCAGCGGGGGGACUCCAAUUUGGAGCAGGAGCCUCCACAGUUCAUCCAUAUUAAAGCCGAAGUGGAGACUCCACAGUCGUGUCAUGUUAAGGUGGAAGAGGAGGAGGCUGUUGUCAGCAUGUUGCCACUGACAGCUGCUUCUGUGAAGAACGAAGACGAACAACCUGAGUGGUCACACAUGCAUCAUCACAGUCCAAGUGCAGACCGAUGUGGACGGCCACCAACAGAAAACAUUUUAGCACCGCUGUCAGACAGUGAUGAUGCGGAAGGACCUUUGAGGAGCAAUGCGGACGGUGAAGGCCAUGACAAACAUUCAAAAUGCUCUGAAAAGCAAACACAUUUUGGCCACCAGGAAACACUACAAUUGCGUAAGAAAUCUGUUACCUGCUCAGUUUGUGGUAAAUAUUUUAAGAAAAAAUCAACACUGAAUAGACACAUGAGAACGCACACAGGAGAAAAACCCUUUAGUUGCUCUGUUUGCGGUACUGCGUUCUCUAGAAAACAAAGUAUGGUCACACAUAUGAGAACACACACUGGCGAAACCCCCUUUUGUUGCUCAGUUUGUGGUAAAAGUUGCGUGACGAAACAAACUUUGACAACACACAUGAGAACGCACACAGGAGAAAAACCCUAUAGUUGCUCAUUUUGUGGGAAAGAAUUUGCUCAAAGUGGACUAAUGCUGCGACAUAUGAGAAUCCACACAGGAGAAAAGCCGUUUAGUUGCUCAGUUUGCAGUAAAACAUUCUCUCAAAAGGGAAGUAUGCAAGCGCACAUGCGAACGCACACAGGAGAAAAACCAUUUUGUUGCGCAACUUGUGGCAAAACAUUCUCUCAGAAGGAAAACAUGCUGACACAUAUGAGAACACACACUGGAGAAAAGCCGUUUCGUUGCUCAGUUUGUGGUAAAACAUUCUCUCAAAAAGGAAGUAUGGAAUCACACAUGAGAGGACACACGGGUCUUAAACCUUUUACUUGCUUAACGUGUAGUAAAGUCUUUUCAAAAAAGCCACAUCUGGUCUCACACAUGAGGACACACACAGGAGAAAAACCCUUUAGUUGCUCAUUGUGUGGCGAACGCUAUGCUCACAGGGCCAGUUUGACUGAACACAAGCGGAAACACAACACAGAGAGGGAAUAAAUGUUUUCCUGUGUGUGACACAAGGCAAGGGCAUCUAUUUACACUAUGUUAUUGAAAACUCUAAAUAUGUUAGAAAAUUCUACAUAUUUUUUUCAUUCCAUAAUAUAAACCUUCGGCUUUAAAUAGCUGUGUAAAGCAGCAUAUUUUGCUUGAAGUAAUUUUUUUAUGUACUGUACG